GCUUGCUUUCUAGAAGUUUUUACUUCACAUUUCUUUCCCUUCCCAGUUCCCAGUCGUGCCAGUGCGCAUACACUUGUUAGAUCCUAGGACCACUUCUCCAUUCCUCAAUCAAUAUCUAUAUUUCGUCCAACGCUACUCCUGAUAUGACAUUCCCGAGAAACCCAUAACGAAUGUCGAAUUGCUAUCUAUGCAUGCGUAUAUCUACGGAGUACGCUGUGCCUCAUCAUCUACCCUUCAUGCCAAACGACCAGACCACGUACGCGAUUCUAUACGCGCCAUCUUCAAGGCCACUGCCUGAUGUAGGCCAUCACCUCUUCCUUCACACAAUAGAAUCCAAGCUUCGAAGCUCCUGAGCUCUAAGGUCCAACUUCUACUUGGUAAUCAUCAAAAGUUCUAAUCACCUUCAGACCUCGGACCCACAUACACAUAGUAGGACUUGACCAGCUUUUCAUGCUUCUAUGGAGUAAAGUAUUUCUGCUUGCCGGUUGCCCUCUAUAUCCUAGUAAGUUUUGAUAUGAUCACUUCUUCUUGUGCAUCAUUAUUCAUCCUUUUUCAUGAUUUCAUGAGCAAAUGUCACAUUUCCUUCUAUCCUCCUGUUUCUUUUCCAUCAGGUCACCAUGGGGCUGAAAGUAUUAUUUCUGUAUUCUCUUCUCGUCUCCCUCUUGCCUGUCCUCGCUGCCACCGAGGUAGGCGCUCUUCAUGGUGAUGAUGCUUUCGAUGCCGGCAGCUAUGGACCUUACCCAAUCCAUACCUACAUGUCAACCGAUGUCGUUUCCCCCCUUUUGAAUAUUUUGAAAUCGAGCUCAUUGUGCAGAAAUGAUUUGUAUUGGGUAUUUAGUCCUCGCGGGAGUUCUGUCAGUGAGCCGGGUGCAAUGAUCUUGGAUUCUGCAGGAAAUUUAAUUUGGACCAAAGGAGGCUAUGAUCAAGUCUACAAUCUUCAGGUACAGGAAUAUAUGGGAGAAAAGUAUUUGACAUUCUGGGCUGGAACAGAUGCUGUGCAGGGACAUGGUGCAGGAACUUAUUAUAUGCUCGACAAAAACUACAAGGAGGUUCAUAACGUCGUUGCAGCAAACGGUCUCGCAGGCGAUCUACACGAUUUUACCAUCACCGAAAACGGCACCGCCUUGAUCACUAUUUACGAUGUUGUUGUAGCCGAUUUAUCAUAUGUUGGAAUACCUCAAGGAUAUGUUUGGGACUGUGUUAUACAGGAAAUUGAUUUGGCAUCCGGGGAGCUCCUUUUUCAAUGGAGAGCGGCAGAUCAUUAUCCUAUCUCCGAUACACAUAGGGAAAUGCCAGCGGGAAAUGGAGGCGUCAACUCUGCUUUUGACUUCUUUCACAUAAACAGUAUCGACAAGGAUUCCAAAGGCAAUUAUCUCAUUUCCAGCAGAUAUUUCCAUUCCCUCACCUACAUAAAUGGGACAGAUGGAAAUAUCAUCUGGAUUCUAGGAGGCAAGAAAAAUAUGUUCACGGAUCUUUCUGGUGGUCUGGCCACCAAUUUCGCAUAUCAACAUGACGCUCGCUGGCGUCACAAUCGCACGGCCAUUUCUCUAUUUGACAACGCAGGAGAUGAUGCUCAUCCGGGGAAUGCUACACGUGGACUCCUCGUCUCCCUAGAUGAAAUCAAUAUGACAGUGGAAGUCAUUCGUGAAUACAUGAACCCCAACGGUAUUCACACCAUCUCACAAGGAAAUUUCCAAAUGCUCGAAGAUGGCCACGUAAUCAUGGGCUAUGGAAACACUGGCGCAUUCACUGAAUACGAUUCCAAUGGAACCGCGAUCUGCGAUGUACACUUUGGACCACAAAGUCGUUAUGGGGCUGGAGAAGUCCAAUCAUAUCGAACCUUUAAAUUCGAUUGGCAUGGAUGGCCCAUGACUGACCCUGACGUGCGAAUAUUGACUAAUGGAGACGAUUGGUUGAGCUUUUUUGUGAGUUGGAAUGGAGCAACGGAAGUCACGAGAUGGUUAUUACAAGGAGCCGAUGAGUCUGAAGCGGAAGAAGAGGAGUGGAAGACUUUAGAUUAUGCCGACAAAACCACUUUUGAGACGGAGUUCGAAAUCCAUCGUUUAUAUCCAAGAUACUUGAGAGUGAAGGGAAUAGGAAGUUACAAUAACGUCACGGGAGAGGAAGAAUUGUUGGGGACUUCAAAAAUCUUUAAUGCUAAUACCGGUAUGCAGAUUUGGUCAUUGAAGCCAGUGAGAUUAGAGGGAUCGAGUAGUUGGCCAUUGCUCACAUUGAUAGCGUUUGCAGGGGUGACUGGGCUAGUAGUGGGAAUCAGAGAAGCAAUGAUUUGGAGGAGAAAGAGGAGGGGAACUAGUUUACUGAGAUGGAGGCCUAGGGGUUUGGGGGUUCCAUUGUUAUCUGGGUAGCGUUUGGGUUUGGAAAGGAGCGAAUAUCAUUGGGAAUAUUUUGGGGGAGUUUCGGCGGGAAAUCUGUUUCUGUAUAUAGUACACACCUUCAUUCGAAGUUUUGCUUGUUUUUAUAGUCAUUUCUUCAAAGGGAGAGGGCUGGAGAUACCAUUGCAUAUAUCUGCAUAGAUACCUGUUUGAAAGUAAAUUCAAAUAACGAUAUAAUUUAAACCUGGGCA